GCAAAAGCCAAUAACUUCCAAGGUUCUCAAGAGAAGUAAUAGUCUGCCCAGCAAAGAGUUCUCUUAGAAGAGACAGGCUGGCCGGGCAGUUAGUUACCACAGUAUCGAUCGUUCAACAGACACAUCUUGAACAACCCAGCCAGCAAGCCAGCCAUUGAGCUUCGCAGCCCAGAGAACUCAUCCCUAGAAAUUCACAUCCUCAACCUACCUAACCAUGGCAACACCAGACCAGCCAGAGCCAACAAGGUCGCUAGCAUCCCGCCUCAACGGCUGGGGCCUAUCCUCCCUCCCCCCAAUGGGCCUAGCAACCCUGAUAACCUCCCUCCACUUCCGCCCCUUCCACAAGCUCCCCAUGCUCGUCUUCACCCCGAUGCUCCUCCUCAGCUCCUACCUGAGCGUCGCCGGCCUCAAGAUCGACGCCGCGGGGCUCUCCGCCGCCUGGUCCGGCCUGUAUGUGCUCCUCGCCGCCCGCAGGCGGCCCGCCGCGGGCCUGCGCGGGAGGUUCACCGCCAGGGGUGCCGUCCGCGGCGCCGCCAUGGGCCUGGGGAUGGUUAACGCCGUGGGUGGGGGGUAUGCGUAUGCCGUGGGCGACAGGGAGGCAGAGCGCGUCGAGAGGAAGGAGAGGGACCGGUGGGGGAUUGAGAAGCAGUGAGGGGCCUGGGUG